CGAACAUGUGUCCCCGGCGAGACGCGCGGCUGCUCCGGUACGUGGGACUCACCGCGCUGCUCCUGUGCACAGUGGUGGACAGCAAGGUGAUCCUGGAGGGCCUGCAGAGGUAUGGCCCCACGCCAAUCUACCUGCCUGUCAGCUACCGGAUCCUCAACGCAGAGUCAGCGUUCUUCCUACAGGAGGCUAACCAGGACUUAAUGAGGAACUCCAGCCUGCAGGCUCGCACCGAGUCUUUCUUCAUCCAUCAGGCUCGGCAGAUGCCCUUUGUCAAUGCUAGCUACGGGCCACUGUCAGUGCAGCAGCCUGUCCCCCUGGAGCUGCUGCAAACCCUGCCAGGGUCCUUCAAUACAGCCUCCGUCACUUCAUCAUCAGCGCCAACAUCAGCAGCAGCAUCGCCUCUGUUUACAUUCAACUGGAAGGUCCACACAUACAUUAUCAGCGAGAGCAUUCACCCCAGUUGGCCAAAGGUCCAAGUGUUGUUCUACGUUGCAGGAAGGGACUGGGACGAUUACAGUGCCAUCCACAAGCUGCCCUGCGUCAGGAUGUUCGCCUUCCACGAGACUCAAGAGGUGCGCGGCACGUGCCGGCUUAAAGGUGAGUUGGGGAUAUGCGUUGCCGAGCUAGAGCCCCUGGCCAGCUGGUUCAGCCCCCCCACUGUCAGGCCGGGGAGGCAGAGGGUCUCUGAGCAGGCCCAGGGCACUCCUGUGGAACUCUACUACAUGCUUCAGAACACGGACAACGGAGACUGCAGCUCAGAAGAUUCAAGAAAGGGCAGCACUGUUCGCUCCGAGCAGCCGAGGCCCAUGGGCUAUUUUGCAGGCCAUACACCGAUGCAGCGGAUCGGGAGUGUCAGGCUGUUUCAGCCGCUGUUGGAGCUCAAGCUGGACAAUAACUUUGUGGUGAUGGCACCCUCCAAACCUAUCCGGCAGAGAGAAACAGUCUCCACCUUUCUGGCUUUGUCCACACUGUCCUCAGUGCAAAUCUUCACCCUCAGGGUCAGGCUGAAAGAUGGCGUGGCGUUCCUUGGAGCCAGAGCCAGUAACCCGGUUGCGUGGACGGUGAGCCAGGACGUCAGAAGUGAAGGUCACAGAGUUGUCACCCUCCACUGCCGGAGGAAGGAGAACAGCUUCGGUCAAAGAGUUCAGGCAGUGGGUUACCAGCGAGUGCUGCAGGUGGACCUGGAGGUGAACGGGCUGAUGGUGACUCAGGGGGGCAGGGAGGUGACAUGGCAGGUGGAGUACCCGCUCACCCGGAGCCUGACCAACGAGGUGCAGACCCUCAUCCGCCUGGCACCGCAGGACCUGGGUGGCAUCGUGCCACUGGCAAUGGACACCGAGAUCCUGAACACGGCCGUCCUCACGGGGCGCACGGUCGCCAUGCCGGUAAAGGUAGUCACCGUAGGAACAGACGGAGCAGUCUCUGACGUGACGGAGUCCGUGGAGUGCAAGUCGACAGACGAACAGGUCAUCAAGGUGUCAGAGCGAUGUGACUACGUGUACGUCAACGGAAAGGAGACGAGAGGGAAGAGUCGGGUGAUGCUGAACUUCACCUACAGUUUCCUGAGUGCACAGCUGGAGAUGAGCGUAUGGAUGCCCCGCCUGCCGUUGCUCAUAGAUGUGGCCGACCCCGAUCUCAGCCAGAUUAAGGGAUGGAGGGUCCCUGUGAGUGCGGGGAACAGGAGGUACGAGAGGGUCACGGAUGACAAGGAUGAUGAAGGUCCAGCGGAGGACAGGACGGACAAUCCUUGCGUGGCCCAGUAUCAGAGCACCACCCUGCGCGUCCUCACACACUUUGUGGCAGACACCAGAGAAGUUAGAGGGGCCACGGAUGAGGACGGGCUGGGCCAGCAGAACUUCCUCCUGGGUACGGACUGGCAGGUGGAGGUGACCCAGCUGGUUAAGGAUUCACUGAGGGUGAAGGACCCGAAGGUCGCCCAGCUGCUGGACGGACAAGUGGUAGUGGGACUGAGCCCUGGAACCACCAACCUACAGGUGCUGUCCCCUCUGACUUCGGCUGUCUUGGCUGAGAGGAGCAUCAGGGUGCUGGAUGAUAAAGUGAGUGUGACAGAGCUCGGGGUGCAGUUGGUGUCGGGCCUCGCGCUCUCCCUGCAGCUCAGCCCAGGGAGUAACAGAGCCAUCGUCGCCACCGCAACCACACAGGAAGUCAGUGAAUCACUCAAACAGGAGUCCCUCAUCAGUGCUUGGCUGCAGUUCAGCGAUGGAUCCAUGACGCCACUAGACAACUACAAUCCUGCCCAUUUCACCCUGGCAGCCACCUCUCUGGAUGAACAAGUGGUGGCGGUGCAGCGCAGUGCCACCUGGAAGUGGCCCAUCAUUGUUGCAAAGGGCGAGGGUCAGGGUUUGCUUGUGCGUGUUGAAAUGAGCCAGUCAGAAAUGUGCCAGAGGGGCAAGCGACGUACGAUUUUAGCCACUGGAAUGGCAAAUGUACAGGUAAGGUUCGGUCAGUCAGAGGAGCAAUACAGACAACCAGGAGAUCGGCGAACACGGCCUGAUCCUCCAUAUUACGGUGGAUCUAUCUCUGACAUGGAAACUGGGUUAAUCAACCGUGGAGCAACUACCAUCAGGGGCCAUGUUCCAGUCAGGCCUAAUGGAGGCCGUCUAUCAGCGGACAGUGGAGCAAGAGUCCCAAGUGAAUUCUCUGAAUAUCCAGAUCAGGCUGAGCUGCCUCGGAGCCGCAGCACUGAUGACGACUUGUUGCCAUCUCGCCGAGGCCUCACAGACCUGGAGAUCGGUAUGUACGCCCUGUUAGGAGUCUUCUGCCUAGCCAUCCUAGUUUUUCUUAUUAACUGCAUCUCUUACGCAUACAAAUACCGUAGCAAACAGCUGUCCCUGGAGGCCCCGGAGACAAUGCCCCACGCCCACGACUGGGUUUGGCUGGGCCAAGAGGAAGGGCUAUGUCUGCAGCAACAGCAGCAUGAUGAGCUGGGCGGUGCUCUAGAGGAAGGUAGUCAGCUCUUAAAUGGAGGUGUCCAACGUGGUGUGGGAGGAUGUGGCUCGAGUGGGAGAGAUCACAGGAAUGAGUCUCUUAACUCACCCACAACGAAGAGGAAGAGGGUGAAGUUCACAACCUUCUCCAACGUCAAGGCCAGUAAUGGAUGUCCUGUGCUCAGCCCAUUAGCGCUGGUGCAGACCAGUGAGAUAAAAUGGGUAUGUCCAGACAUUGAGCUUGGGGACUCAAAGGAUCUUAGGAACUACAUGGAAAAGCUGAAUGAGAAUGCGAUCAAGAACAUCGCAUAGGGCGCUUUCAAUGAACUAAAGAGAAACUCACCUGAAUGCCUUCAGAAUAAGGAGGGGAUGAGGGCCGGGGGAAGGAAAGGAAAGACAUUAAGGGUGCAGGGAACAGAGCAGGCUGCUGUUUAACAGAACAGCAGGGUAGUGCGUUCAGCCUCUGCUGUUACCGUGACGCUACUCAGAAAUGGUCAAGAAACGGACGACCACAAGACAUGAUUCACCAUGACACCACAGCUGAGGGGGAAAUGUGAACUUGAUAGUUGUUGCUUAAUGUUUGUUCUUUGUCUUUAAUUGAGGUUCAGUUUCCUUUUCUAUGCACCAUUUUACUUUUUUUUUUAAAUCAUGUUUUAAUGUUGUAUUUGUUGUAUUUUUUGCGCUUUGUUGAUUUUAUUUUUUAAAGUUGCUGUAUGCCCUGUACCACCUGUCGGCGAUUAUAUACCCCAUAGGGGAGAAGAGUUAAAAAGCAUUUUUGUAUUGUAUAUAAAUGAGUUUGUUUUGGAGGUAUUAUAUGUACAGUAACAUUUUUGUAAAAGUGCUGUUUGGUUAUGUUUUGGUUUUUGUUUUGAGUUUUGUUUUGUCUCCAGAAAGCAGAUCCAUGCAUGAUGUUAUUAAAGAUGAGGCAUGUGUGUCUGAUCUGGAACCUGAAAUGAAAGUGUAUAGAUUUACCGAUACCUCUGGAGACAGGUCAGUUUAGUAUUAUUGCAUUCAUUCAUUGUGGAGCUGAGUUUUUGGUUUGGUUUCAAUAAGCUGAUAUUUGUUUAAACUCUUUAU